AUGUCGCCCUCUGCAGUCAACAGCAAGGUCACACCACCGUACCAGCGACCCAAUCUAUACAUUCACGGCAUUGGAGUUGAAUACCCUCCUUACGAGAUCAAGCCAGAACAGUUGGCCACUCUGGCAAGGCGCCACUAUCCCAGCUCUCCAGCACUUGAGAAAGUGCUGACGAUCAACGAAUACACCGGCAUUGAUGCUCGUUCAGCAAUUGGAACAAUCGACCACCCUAUCGCCAACGGGCCUGAAGCUCCUUCAAUAGCCGAGCUGUGCGAAGUGUUUCUCGAUCAUGGCGUGAAGCUGUCCGUGCAGGCAUGUCGCAGAGCUCUCGAGCAAUGGGGAGGCGAUCUGUCAGAGAUCACGCACGUUGUUGCCACUACUUGCACGAAUUCCGCCAACCCUGGCUAUGAUCACUAUGUCGUCAAGCAGCUCGGCCUCAACCAGAGCAUAGAGAAGGUUCUCCUCCAUGGAGUUGGCUGCAGUGGAGGCUUAGCAGCACUGAGAACUGCUGCCAACAUCGCUCUUGGUGCCAGCUUCCGUCGAAAACCAGCGCGCAUCCUAGUCCUUGCGUGUGAAGUGUCUAGCAUCCUAGUCCGUUCUGAACUCGACUCGAUACACAAGGAUCAGGAGGUGAGGAUAGGUGUCGCGCUCUUCAGCGACUGCGCGUCUGCUGUAGUACUGGGAAAUGGCUUCAGUAAUCGGUACGAUGAAGAGCCGAUCCUGGAGCUUCUGGAUUGGGAUCACAGAAUCAUCGAAAACACCGAGAAGGAUCUCGGAUUUGACGUGGAUCCUGUUGGUUGGAAAGUCGUCUUGACUCAGCGAGUUCCCAAGCUCGCCUCGGCAGCAGUGCCGGCCAUGUUCGAGGAUCUAGUUGGGUCGAUCCCAGAAUUGGUCGAUGCCGGAAAGUUCAAGGCUGCUGAUUACGACUGGGCCCUUCAUCCCGGUGGUGCGACCGUUUUGAGUGGAAUUGAAAAGACCAUGCAUCUGAAGCCUGAACACCUCCGCGCCAGUUACGAGAUAUACAUCUCCCACGGGAACAGCUCCAGCGCAACCAUCUUCAGCGUAAUGGAUCGUUUGCUGAAGGGAGAAACCACCGAGCACAUUGUCGGAUGCGCCUUUGGGCCAGGCAUAGCUGUGGAGAUGAUGAUGUUCAAAAGGAGCGUUUCGGGGUCGAAUUCAGGAACAGCAAGUCCGACGGCGUCUCUAACGGAGACCCUUGUGGCUGAAGACGUCGACUGA